AUUAUUGGCAAUAUACAUGUAGCUUUAUUAUUUUGUUGAAGGGGUGCAUUCUGUGAUACCAAAGUUUUUCCAUCAAGACAAAUGGCAUUGUGUUUUGUCGAAUUUUUGGAAAAGGAAAAUUUCAACUUAUGAAGGAAUCCGUUUGCAUAAGGCAAAAACAAACAGUUAAAAGAGGCUGAACAAAAAAAAAAAAAAAAAAUCUCAUUAGCUUAAUUUCAUCAUCUUUCUGAACGAAAAACUCACCCUUUCUUUACUCUCUCAUUGUCAAAAGUUUUGUAUAGGGGAACAAAAAAAAAAAAAAAAAAGACUCUUUCUGAAUCAUAGUUUUGUGGUGAUGGAGAAAAAGGAAAGCUAUUCAGAAAUAGUGAAGACUUCUGAGGAUGUCUCAGAUGUUAAAAAAGGUGGCCUUAAAACCAUGCCUUUUAUUAUUGCAAAUGAGGCAUUCGAGAAGGUUGCAAGUGUAGGACUACAUGCAAAUAUGAUUUUGUACCUAAAAAAUGAGUAUCACUUAACUAAUGCAACAGGGACAAAUAUUCUUUUCUGGUGGGGUGCCAUAUCGAAUUUCACACCUAUUUUUGGAGCUUUUCUUGCUGAUUCUUACUUGGGUCGGUUUUAUGUGAUUACUUUAGGGACAUUCAUCAGCCUUAUUGGAAUGGUGGUCUUGUGGUUAACAGCAAUACUAAAAGAAGCAAGGCCAUAUCCUUGCAACUUAGAAUCUAGAAAUUGUUCAAAACCAAGCCUUGCCCAAUUUUCAUUUCUCUUUUCAGCAUUUGCAUUGAUGUCUAUUGGAGCUGGUGGAAUUAGGCCAUGUUCAUUAGCCUUUGGUGCAGACCAAUUUGACAAUCCUAAGAAUCCCAACAAUGGAAGGAUCUUGCAGAGUUUCUUUAAUUGGUAUUAUGUAGCAGUAGGGAUAUCAAUAUUGAUUUCAGCAACUGUCAUAGUGUAUAUUCAGACACAAUUUCACUGGGUGGUGGGUUUUGGAGUGCCCGCAGGACUCAUGUUUUUGGCAACAGUUUUUUUCCUUUUGGGUUCUGCACUUUUCAUUAGGAUAAAACAAAAUAAGAGUUUGUUUACUGGAUUUGCUCAAGUUGUUGCUGUGGCAUGGAAAAACAAACACCUUGCUUUGCCUCCUGUGGAUUCUAAUGGAUGGUAUCAUCAUGAGAAGGGUUCAAGAUUUACUUUCCCAACCCAUAAACUAAGGUUCCUAAAUAAGGCAUGUACCAUUAGAAACCCAGAGAAAGACUUGAACCCUAGUGGAACAUCUUCAAAUCCAUGGAACCUUUGCACAAUUCAACAAGUAGAAGAAUUCAAAGCAUUGCUCAAAGUAAUCCCAAUUUGGUCCACAGGCAUUAUAAUAGCAGUAACACUAAGCCAACAAGCCUUUCCAGUGCUACAAGCAAACACAAUGGACAGACAUUUAAUAAAAGGAAGUAAUUUCCAAAUCCCAGCAGCUUCUUAUGGUGCAUUUGGAAUCCUCACAUUGACAAUAUGGAUAGCCAUCUACGACCGAGUCCUCGUGCCCUGGAUCUCCAAAUUCACCAGAAAACCACGAGGUCUCAGCUUCAAACAACGUAUGGGGAUCGGGCUGUUACUUUCCUGUGCGGCCCAAGCAGCGGCCGCACUAGUUGAAAGAGAAAGACGUUCGCGAGCCCUUAGUCAGGGGCUCGCAGACCAUCCACUGUCAGAAGUGGACAUGUCAGCAAUGUGGCUAGUUCCGCAACAUUGUUUAACAGGAAUAGCCGAGGCGUUCAACGCGAUCGGACAAAUAGAAUUUUAUUAUUCUCAAUUCCCUAAGAGCAUGGCUAGUAUUGGAGUGGCGCUAUUUUCACUAGGCAUGGGAUUUGGAAAUUUGGCUGGAAGUUUAAUUGUUGAAAUUGUUGAUCAUGCUUCAAGAAGAGGAGGGAAAGUGAGUUGGGUGUCAAAUAAUUUAAACUUAGGUCACUAUGAUUAUUAUUAUUGGGUUAUUUGUUUGUUGAGUGUUGGGAAUUUUUUCUACUUCAUUGUGUGUGCUUGGGCUUAUGGAUCUGAUGAAGAUAAGAGAAUUUGGGAGGAAGAUCAAGCUGAAAAGAAAGGAGAGAUUGUUAUGUUAUAGACA